GGGCUUGUUUCUGUCCGCUUGUGUUGUGAAUGGGAUGCCUGGAAGAGAUGCUUGAUUAAAAGAAAAAAGGAGUGACUGAUGAGAACCAGCGCUCCGGUGUGGAGGGUGACCCCCCAGUGUCCGUACCACCACCACCGCCACCGCCACCACCGCCGCCGCUCCGGGAGAAUCGGACGCCUGGCGUUUCCACGACGACUAUAAUGGGCUGCAAUCUGUGCACUUUACAGAAGCGAGAGGAACACUACAAGCUGCUGUAUGAGAUUGCACAGGUGAACGGGAAGGAGUUGUCCAAGUCCAGCCAUGAGGAGACUGCGGAGACCUUUCGCGCCGCCAAGGACACCGUCGUGGUGCAGGUCAUCAGGCGGACCCCCGGCGGCCGCCCCCACGGCCCCCCUCAGGAAAUCCACGUGGUGGAUGUGUGCACUCAAACGGACAUCACCUUCGAACACAUCAUGGCGCUGGCAAAGCUCCGGCCCUCCACCCCUCCUGUGCCCGACGUCUGUCCCUUCCUGCUCUCCGACAGCUGUCAUUCCCUUCAUACAACGGAGCAGGAUUACUAUGAAGGGACGGGCUACCUGUCCCCUGUUGCAGCCGACGGAGACAGAGCGGAGGAGUUUGAGUAUGAGGAGGUGGAGUUGUGUCGACUCAACAGCCAGGAGAAGUUGGGGCUGACGCUGUGCUACAGAACCGAUGAAGAGGAUGAUGUCGCCAUAUACGUCAGUGAGAUCAGUCCAAACAGCAUUGCAGCGAGAGAUGGACGCAUCCGAGAGGGGGAUCGCAUUUUACAGAUCAACGGCCGCGACGUACAACACAGGGAAGAAGCGAUGGCUGUCCUCUCCAACAACGAGAGCAGGAGCAUCGUCCUGCUGGUGGCCCGACCGGAGAUGCAGCUGGAGGAGGCCUGGCUGGAUGAUGAGCACAGCGAGUUCCUGGAGCAGCUAAAGAUGGAAAUGUUAGAGGAACAACAGAGAGAGGAGAUGGAGCUGUCCGCCCUACAGGAGGAGCAGGAGAGUGAGCAGGCGGCAGAAGACGACAAGCCCACCUGCUCCGUCCUUCACCACAAUCGGGAUGGCGGCCUGAGCGUAAAAGACAGAAUAGGGAGCUCAGAGCAAAAUGUCCUGGCGCACAUUCAGGAACGUUUGUCUCAGUGCCUGAGAGACAACCGGGACGCGGACAGAGGGGACGAGGAGGAGGAGAAGGAGGACGCGGGCGACGCCGGCGACGGCGACGACGAGACAGGCGGGGACCGCUUCCGCCAGCUCUUGGAGCUCAAGUGUCAGAUACGCAACAGCGGCGAGUACGACCUGUUCUACAGCCGCCGCAGCACCAUCGAGUGCAGCGUCGGGGAGCAGGGCGGCGUCCAGCGCGAGCUGCGCCUGCUCAACGAGGAGCUGCGCAGCAUCGAGCUCGAGUGCCAGAACAUCAUGCAGGCGCACGGCCUGCGUGCCGCGGCCGCCAAGAGCCAGGGCCAGGGCCAGAGCCCGAGCCCGAGGCGGAGCGACCCCGCCGGGGGCAAGAAGUCGGACAAGGACAGCUCCAGCGCCUACAACACGGCGGAGAGCUCGCGCAGCACCCCGCUGGCGAUGGACCGCUCCCCGGAGCACUCGCUCCAGAGGAUGGUCAGCCUCACCAACCAGAGGAACCUGCGCGGCGGCGGCGGCGGGCUCGCCACCGGGCCCUCGCUCAGCCCGAGCCCCGUCCCCGCCUCGGCACCGCGCCGCGCCCCCGCGCCGGGGAAGGGGAGCAGCCCCGACCACAGCGAUCCUCCCGGGGAGGAGGAGGAGCAGGAGGAGAGCAGGGGGGAAUUAAGGUGGCUUGCCUCGCAUAUUCCAUACUUCUCGCCCUCGCACAGCUCCCAGCAGAGGCAGGUGAACAUCCCGGCCCACGCCAGCCACUACCAGAGCUACAUGCAGCUGAUUCAGCAGCGCUCGGCCGUGGAGUACGCGCAGAGCCAGCUCAGCCUGCUCAGCGUGUGCAAGGAGCCCCAACGGGCGGCCAACGAGCCCAAGAUGGAGUGGAAGGUGAAGAUCCGCAGCGACGGCACGCGCUACAUCACCAAGAGGCCCGUGAGGGACAAGAUCCUGAGGGAGCGAGCCCUGAAGAUCAAGGAGGAGCGCAGCGGGGGGAUGACCACGGACGACGACGCCAUGAGCGAGAUGAAGAUGGGGCGGUACUGGAGCAAAGAGGAGAGGAAGCAGCACCUGGUCAGGGCAAAGGAGCAGAGGCAAAGGCGGGAGUUCAUGCAGCGCAGUCGGCUGGAGAGCCUGAAGGAGAACCCUCAGAGCAGCAGCGAGGGCCGCAAGGAGGUCAGCAUCAUAGAGCUGAGUCAGAAGAAGAUGAUGAAGAAACGCAACAAGAAGAUCCUGGACAACUGGAUGACCAUCCAGGAGCUGAUGACUCAUGGCACCAAGGCGCCCGAGGGGGCCAAGGUGCACAACGCCUUCCUGUCAGUCACUACUGUAUAAAAGAAGAAAAACACACACAUUCUACCCCAUGCGGUAUAAUAUACUUGCCUCGUUCAAUGUGGCGUUUUUAUGAGGACAACCGGAAUAUUUUUCACACUUUGUAACCCAAAAAGCAUUUUGUAAAGAAUUUAUCAGUGGUUUCGAGGCGUUUUCUUCAUGUUUUUCAGUAUGUUUUUUCACAUCACUCUGCCGGGAAAAAUAGCAUUUUUCUAUGAAAUUAUGACUAUAUGAUUAUUUUAUUACUUCGCUUUAAACAUUUUUAUCUCAAAUUCUUUUUUCAUAUUCAUGUUUUAACCAUAUCCUCAAAUGGUUGCAUGAGCAUACUAAGAAAAGGAUUUUUUUUUCUAUGUAUUGUGUAAACUCGCCAAUUGCAACACAGAAAGAAUCUGCUGCCUUUCACUUGUUGAUGCUCCUUACAUUUGUACAUCGACAAGUUGAUUAUACAGAUAACAUUAUAUUUUACCUAAACCAAAAUGGUUAAAAUAAGGGACAAAUGUCAACAUUAAAGGGCACACGUCUUACAUUCCAAAUCAUAGUACUGUAUAACUUGUAUCUGGUAAAAGGAUUGACAAUAACUUCCAUUCAUCCAAUCAUCUGAUGGAAAGAAAAAAAUCCAGUGUUUCACCAUACUGCCAUUCCUCCUUUGGGGGAAAGAAAUCCUUGAUUUUUUUUUUAAUGAUUGAACGUUUUGGUUUCUGGAAAGUUAAAUAGAUUUUGCUCAAAAAGAUACAAUAAACAUUCUGACUCAUUGAAAGCGUGGCGGCUUUCUGUAGCAUCUGCAGCUUUGGGUCACAUUCUUUUUGUAUUAAUUUUUAUUUCUGUCUUAAUCUUUUGAGUUUCUACAUAUUUAACAUCAUAUGGACCUGCUCAUACCUUUUACAUUAUCAACAUACACCUUUUACUCUGCCUGGCCUUAAGAGCAAAAACUGAAUCGAUGACACGUUUGUGUAGCAGACUGAUUUCAUACUUCAUACACAAACAAAUGUGUGUGCAACAGAGGGGUUUUAUCCAGCCUUAUUCAUACAUUGUAUAAUUUGAGCAACUGGGAAGCAUCAUAAAUAUCAUAUAAUGGUUACUGAAUUGUGUUUGUGUUGGAUUAAACAUUGUGUUAGGGGCAUUGCCACUGAGCAGGACUCAGAAACACAGCAUUUAAAGCUCAUUGAAAAACUAAAUUGGUGAAGUGAAUCGGUUGCAUUUAACAGACUUUAUAGUCCAGUUACAUGUACAGUAUGCUCAUUCUAAAUUCCCCAUUUUUAACUGAAAUAUUGUAAAAUUCAAAAUUUUCAACCAAUCUCUGUAUUUGUUUAGAGUCAAUGUCAAUGGUCUAAUUUUAAAGUAAUGCGUAGUUGGCACAUUUGUAGCCGGGUAAAAUGUGUGAUGAUGGUGGUCUUUGAAUAAAAGGAAUGAUAAUAAAUUAUGUUUUUUGGGGUAAAACUUAGCUGAGGCUCAU